GAAUGCGGUGCGUGAUGAAAACGUGCGAGUUACCUAGUUCGGCAAUAAUCAAAUGAAUCAGGUUUGGGAUAUUACGCACAUACACUGUGGACUUGCAACACGCUGACUGUGCCACCGGGCUCGCAUCUCAUUUACGUGACUGUUUUUUUCUGGCAUAGUACUGACCAAAAGGCGACAAGGUAGAUGUGUUUUUUCAUUACACAAGAUCCGAAUAUCAACGAUUGUAUCCUGGUGCCAAUCCGACUGAGGGACACACUGCGGUACCACGACGCCUGAAGUUGUGGAGAAGUGGCAGUUUCGUGGGAGGAAAUGGAUGUUUCAUUUUGAUCACCUGGUCAAACGUGUUUUAUUGAAACUCUUUCCGCAGAGGUUGCCGUUUGAUGAGAAGACUAGAUUCCCUCGGUAUGGACUGAAACCUGGCAUUCCAGUAGUGAAAAAGAUAAGCUUUAUGUAGCUACCAGCUGGUUGCUAAGAAGGGUUAAACAGUAUCUAAAGGGAGUUGGAAAAUCCAGCCUUUCUUCCACACGGAUCAACUCAUUGGGUGGGAGCUGAGAGAGAGACAAGAGUCCCCAGCAAAUCAGGAGCUAAUUGAUUAAAGAGACUUCAUUUGAAUAGGGGGCUGGCGAGGUGCCAAUCGCCUUUCAAAGAGCCCCUGUAUGAUUAAUCGCAGAGCAUUAUUGAUAAUCAUAACAGGACACAUGCGCGGUGGAUGGGCUCGAUUUCCGUAAUUUUGAGAAGAUUUUUUGGUGAUUUUUUAUUCUUUCCUGGCUGAUGUUUGAGCCAGCAUGUCGCGAAGGAAACAAGCGAAGCCGCAGCAUUUCCAGUCGGACCCGCAGCUGGCCUUACCCGAGCACAAUGGCGACGCAGAGGCCUCCUUGGAAGACACCCCCUGCAAGGAAACGGAUGCCCAUGUCUGUGGCAGAUGUUGCGCCGAGUUCUUUGAACUAUCUGAUCUCGAACAACACCAGAAGAAUUGCACUAAGAAUCAAUUAGUUCUGAUUGUGAAUGAGAAUACAGCGUCCCCUUCCGGAACAUUCUCGCCCGGCUCCCCCCCACAUAAUCCUGAUGAGCAGAUGAAUGACACAGUUAAUAACACAGAUCAAGUGGAGGGCUGCGACCUUUUGGAGCAGAACACGCUCGACAAAGAGGAAUCCAUGGACAUGGACGCGUCAGGGAUCUCGACCGAGGAUGACGACAGAGGAAGAGAUAAUGUCGAAGAAGGCACCCCCCUCAAUGGCAGCAGCAUUGGUGGCAACAACAGCAGCAGUAGCGAUGUGGGUGUGAGUGUGGGUGGCAACAGUGUUUGUGGUGGCAGUGGCAGCAGCCAGAGUGGCCCCGUGGUGGGCAGCUCUCCCAUCUCCACGUCUCUACCUCACCCGCUGGGCAGCCUGACGGAGCUGGGCAACAUCUCCAUGAUCAAUAGCAACGUCAUCAUCGAGAACCUGCAGAGCACCAAAGUGGCUGUGGCCCAGUUCUCACAGGAGAGUCGUACCUCCACGGGCAGUGGAGGAGGAGGAGGAGGAGGAGGAGGAGGAGGAGAAGGAGGAAGGGGCCAGCGGAUGGCCGUGCCGGCCUUGAUGGAGCAGCUCCUGGCCCUGCAGCAGCAGCAGAUCCACCAGCUGCAGCUCAUCGAGCAGAUCCGCCACCAGAUCCUGUUGCUGGCCUCCCAGUCCCCCGAGAUGCAGGUGCAGCCCCCAGCCUCCUCUCCUGCGGGCUCCCUGGGGGGCUCCAGCGCCACCAGUCCGCUGGCCACCCUCAGCUCCCACCUCUCCCAGCAGCUGGCGGCCGCCGCGGGCCUGGCCCAGAGCCUUGCCAGCCAGUCUGCCAGCAUCAGCAGCCUGAAACAGCUGGCCGGCGGCACAGCGCACUUACCUCAGAGCGGCACGUCCGGGCAUCAUGACGAGGCGUCCCAGGGGGGACUGAGGGCACCUGUCGUCAGCGCCCAGGCGGGCGACAAGCGUCCAGCGGCCACCAGCCUCCACGCUCAGCUCAAUCCCUCCCUGGCCAAGUCGAGCGCGCCGGCCUUUGGCAUUGGCAACCUGCUUAACUCGGCCGCAAACCCACUUCUACCUCAACCCCCACCAGGCAACCCCAUGUUCUCCAGCGCGCUGCCCAGCGUCGGCACCACGGUGGAGGACCUGAACUCGCUGGCCGCGCUGGCGCAGAGGAAAGGCAAGCCGCCCAACAUCUCGUCCUUCGAGCAACACAACAAGAGCAGCUCGGAAGAGGCAUUCUUCAAACACAAGUGCAGGUUUUGUGCCAAGGUGUUCGGCAGCGACAGUGCCUUGCAGAUCCACCUGCGGUCUCACACGGGCGAGAGGCCCUACAAGUGCAACAUCUGCGGCAACCGAUUCUCCACGCGCGGCAACCUGAAGGUCCACUUCCAGCGCCACAAGGAGAAGUACCCCCACAUCCAGAUGAACCCCUACCCCGUUCCCGAGCACCUGGACAAUAUCCCGACGAGCACUGGCAUUCCCUACGGCAUGUCCCUGCCUCCCGAGAAGCCGGUCACCAGCUGGCUCGAUAGCAAGCCGGUCUUGUCCACUCUCACCUCCUCGGUGGGCAUGCUGCUCCCGCCGACAAUUUCAAGCCUGCCGCCGUUCAUCAAGAAAGAAGAGAACCACUCGGUCGCCAUAACUAGCCCCUCCAGUUUAGCUAAGAGCGACUCGGCAGGUGCGGCAGAGCCCUCGGCUAAAAGCAACGAUGGCAGCGGGUCUGCAGAAGGCGAGAGAGAGGCCACCCUGCCCACCUCCAACGGGAAGAGCGAGGAGAGCAGCCAGUCCUCCAAGCUGGUCGGCAUCAUCGGCUCUGCCGGAGGCGAGAGCGGCCCCACGGAGUACACCAUGUCCAACAGCCCGCCCAUGGCCACCAACCCCCUCAUGCCACUCAUGUCCGAGCAGUUCAAGGCCAAGUUCCCGUUUGGCGGCCUGCUGGAUCCCCUGCAGGGGUCGGAGACCUCCAAGCUGCAGCAGCUGGUGGAGAACAUCGACCGCAAGGUGACGGACCCCAACGAGUGCGUCAUCUGCCACCGCGUGCUCAGCUGCCAGAGCGCGCUCAAAAUGCACUACCGCACCCACACCGGCGAGAGGCCCUUCAAGUGCAAGAUCUGCGGCCGGGCCUUCACCACCAAGGGCAACCUGAAGACCCACUACAGCGUGCACCGCGCCAUGCCCCCGCUCCGGGUGCAGCACUCCUGCCCCAUCUGCCAGAAGAAGUUCACCAACGCCGUGGUGCUGCAGCAGCACAUCCGCAUGCACAUGGGCGGCCAGAUCCCCAACACCCCGCUGCCGGACAGCUACUCCGAGUCCCUGGGGUCGGACGCCGGCUCUUUCGACGACAGGAACUUCGACGACCUGGAGAACAUGUCCGACGACUACAUGGAGGGGCUGGACGAGGGUCCGGACAGCAGCAGCAUUCCCGACACCCCGCGGUCGGUCGACAUCUCGCAAGACAGUCUGUGCAACUCGCCCAACCCACAGGAGCAAGCGGGAGGAGGCAACGAGGACCAGGAGAAGGGCCUCCAGCAGCAGGGCUCCAUGGAGGAGGACCUGCAGAGCCAGGGCAGCAAAGUCAAGGCCACCGAGAACGGACUGCUGGAUGGAGACCAUUUCACGAACGACUCCUCGUCCCUAGGGGGCGACAUCGAAAGCCAAAGUGCAGGAAGUCCGGCCGUCUCUGAAUCUACCUCUUCCAUCAUGCAAGCGCCGUCGCCAUCCAGCGGCAUGCCCCAGCAUCAUCAUCAUCAGCAGCAGCAUCAGCAGCAACAACAGCAGCAGCGAAAGUCUCCAAGCCUGGACGAGCGCCAUCAAAGAGCCAUGUCUCUGGAGCACAGCAUGCACAUGCAAUCACACCCGAGCCUGGGAGUCAGCGCCCUCGACUUGACGUCCAUGAACUCCACGAAAGACGCCCUGGGCAUGCUCUUCCCGUUCCGCGAGCGCAUCGUGCCCAAGAACACCUCGUGCGACCUCUGCGGCAAGACGUUUGCUUGCCAGAGUGCCUUGGACAUCCACUACCGAAGCCAUACCAAAGAGAGGCCGUUCAUUUGCACGGCCUGCAACCGGGGAUUCUCCACCAAGGGCAACCUGAAGCAGCACAUGCUCACCCACCAGAUGCGUGACCUGCCCUCGCAGCUCUUCGAGCCCUCCAACAACUCCAGCCUGUCCUCCAGCUCCAGCCCCUCCCUGCUCUCCAUGGGCUCCCUGUCCUCCCUGUCCUCCAUGAUCAAGUCAGAGGUCAACGGAUUCCUGCCGAGCUUCCACCCGGAGAGCAACAGCAUCGGCGGCGGUGGCAGCAUCGGCGGCGGUGGCAGCAUCGGUGGCGGUGGCAGCAGCAUCGGCGGCGGUGGCAGCAUCGGCGGCGGCAGCAGCGGUGGCAAGGACCUGCCCCCCGGCCUGGUCACCUCCUCGGCCUCCACCUCCCCGGUCCUGCCUUCGGCCCCGCCGCGCCGGCAGCCCAAGCAGCACUACUGUAACACGUGCGGCAAGAUGUUCUCCUCGUCGAGCGCCCUGCAGAUCCACGAGAGGACUCACACGGGGGAGAAGCCGUUCGCCUGCACCAUCUGCGGCCGCGCCUUCACCACCAAAGGAAACUUGAAGGUCCACAUGGGAACGCACAUGUGGAACAGCGCCCCUGCCAGGCGAGGUCGUCGUCUGUCGGUGGACGGUCCCAUGGCUUUCCUGGGCCCCAACCCUGUCAAGUUCCCCGAGCUCUUCCAGAAGGACUUAGUAGGCGGCGGCGGCCCGCGGCUCUCCAGCGCUGGUAACGGGGACCCCGCCAGCUUCUGGAACCAGUAUGCCGCUGCCUUCUCCAACGGCCUAGCCAUGAAGACCAACGAGAUCUCGGUCAUCCAGAACGGCGGCCUGCCGCCCUCCCUCUCGGGCAGCGUGGGUAACGGGGGCAGCUCGCCCGUGGGCGGCCUGACGGGCAGCCUGGACAAGCUGCACAGCAGCGUCAGCGUCGGCAGCAGCGAGCCCGGCGCCGCACUUGCGGGCCUGGAGAAAAUGGCCGCCACCGAGAACGGGACUCACUUCCGCUUCACCAGAUUCAUGGAGGACAACAAAGAGAUUGUCACCAACUAGUGUGAGACUUUUUUUUGGUCAUUGAACGAACCCCCCGUAUAAGUAUUGACAUCACACACACACACACACACACACAAACACACACGCACAUACAGCAAUGCCUGUAUAAACAGACAUGCACAUGUAACACACAGAAGAGAUAUCUGCAUUCAUGCACAGAAGGAGAACAAAGGAAGGAGUUCAAAGUGACUGAUCUGGCUUGCCAUUGAAACUUAAUGAACAUGAGUGUGAAGAGAACUUGUUUUUUUGUACAAUGUACAAUCUGUUAUAGUUUUAAAAGGAGCCUAUUUAUUAGUGAGUAUAACCUUGCUCGGAAAACCAAGUGGAAGCAUUAACAGUUACUUAGUUUUGUUUUGUUUUCCCUUUCUCUUUCUCUUUCCCUUUCUCCUCUCACUCUCUUAUCUCUCUCUCUCUCUCUCUCUCUCCUUCUCCCUCUCUUAUUUCCGCCUGAAUGGACCUGUAUGAGUGCUUAAAACAUGUGCUUUUGGAAAUUAGUAUAUCUGGGUAGAAUACUUUACCUUGGCAUUAAAUUAUUUUCUAUCUGUAGUAUAUAUAACAAAAAAUGUUGAUGUUCAUGUAAUGCAUUAGAUCUUGAGUAAGCAAAACAAACCGGUGGUUGUACAUAAGGAACUGCUCUGUACUAGGUGGUCGACCAGCUGUCUAUUAACUUUUCCUCCACUGGAAAAAAGAAAAGAAAAACAUUGAAACUUCAGGCAAUGGACUAACCAGUAUAGUCCUACAACCAUCUGCUCAACUAUUCUUUUUAUUUCUUGAGGAAAAAAAGUACCGGUAACUGCAUUUCAGUCUUUUGUUUUAGAGAAAAUACACUUUGUUCUUAAAUGUUCCCUGUAUAGUGCUUUUUAUUCUAUGUUCAUUUGUCUGUUUUGUUUCUUUAAACCUUUUGGCUUACUGGCUGUAUACUUAAAAUACAGAACAGUUUUUCGUGAAGAGAAGAACUUUUAAGAAAAGGUCUCCAUCCUGGUUCGAACUUCAGAAGAAAAAAAGAAAGAGGGAAAAAAGAAAUGCCUUGUGGGUGUGAUUGUUUUGUUUUGUUUUUGCGUUAACGUGCUGGAUUCCAUGUUGCUGCUAUAUACUUGAGCAUCCUCCCCAUUGACAUCAAAUGCAAAAUGUGCAGAUGCGCUCUGUAAAUAUUAUCAGAUGUGGAACCACAAAUUCCAUCACACAACAAAUGUACAUAUUAUUGCUCACAACAAGACAACGUCCAUCUUGGCCAGGGGGGACAAAAUAAUAGUGUUUUUAUGAAUAUAAAUAUAUAAUAGGUUUGAAAACCAUUGGACUGUUACAUGCACUUUCUUGGAAAGUUGGAAAGAUCUUUAUGGGUCCAGUUUCUCUACACUUUAAUACCUACUAACAUCUAAGAUACUGUAAUUCUUUACUCUAAUAAUCAAAUACAUCAGUUUUCCAAAAGAACAUACAUGUGUGGCUGCGUUUCUUCCCUCUCCUUUCCUUGUAUGUGUGUGUGGCUCAUACCAAUGGCCAGAAGACCACUCUGUGUGGCCUCUAAUGUUCUUGUUACGCGCGUCUCUGUAAUUUAUAACAGUGUGGUUACAUUUGAAUGCAUAGCUUCAAUGUGGAUUUCGGUGUUGACCCAGACGCUUGUCAGCUACGUGUGCACUGUGGGCACACCGCUUUCAGCGGAUAAAAGUAUUGCAAACCGGCUACUGCAAGUCUUUCUUCUCUCUGCGCCUAGGCAGCAUCUUUAACACUGGCGUGUCAACAAUCUAGAACCGGAUGCAGAUGCAAUUAGUGGAAAGACUAGCUGGAUGGUAGCCUGGUCAUUAAAAAACAUAAAGCAGCCGAAGUCAGAUUUCUUAGUUCAUCAUUCCCUCCGCUGCCAGGCUUCAGAAUCUUUAAUUAAAGAAUCGAUCGGUUUGGAAUCCUCUGUCUCUUAGCUUUUAUUUAGAUGGAUUGAUCAGACCCGCCAGUCUUGUGAGGGUAACUUGUGUUCCCCCUCACAGCAGGUGAUGGAUUGUAGUUUUUCGUUGCCAAAUAAAACGCAAGACUCGCGGAAUUGCGGAAUUGGGUAGGCUACUAUAUUUCACUGACACGUGGUCCCAAAAUAGUGGGGAAAUGCACAUGACACGGGUGAGGCGAGAUUAUUUGAGAAAAAUAUAUGGCCAGUUUCAUAUCCAGGAAUGAUCACAAUUGUUUUCAGCGUUCCUGUGAUUUGGAAAGGCUAUGCACUAACUAAAUGUAACACUAAAUGACGCGCUGCCCUAAACGGUUGACCCUUUCACUAAACUUCUCGGGAAAAAAAACUAUGACCAAUCAGAGAUGUCGCUUUUAAAGCUGAUAAUACAUUUCUUUAACCGAAUAAGAAAUAUUAGGCUUCUUUUCAUUUAUUGGAGGUGAUAUUUCUUUCCCUUUUUGCUUUUCACCAGCUGCAUUUAAUUUAACACAUCAUUGCACUUCCUGCAAUGCAAGAUCUGUUAAUUUGAGCCCAGCAUCCUCUCUCUCUCCCCCCACGCACGCGCCUUUCUCCCCCCUCCCCUUUGGAUUUUAUAGCUGGCUAAAUUCCCCAAUAUUUACAAGAUCUCAAUGCUAAACGAUCCUUGCGAACAGCCCUGGACCGACAGUGAAUGCCCGCCCCUCGCGCCUGUCUUCCUUUUGACGGUCACAUCUGGUCCCCCGAUAGAGCUUUGUUUGUUCAGCGCAGCUUCCGGAUUCUUUUAUUACAGAGGUCCACAUACCUGACUGAACACUGUUCAUAGAGUUAAAAAAAAAAAGAAACACUAAAUGUGUUUUAAUCUCUGGUGGGGGGAUCUGAUGGUGUCUCUCUGAUCUAAUUAAGCUACUUGUGCUGUUUGAAUAAAAAGAAGAAUUCUUUUUAAAAAACUGCGAAUGUCCGUGGCACUCUCUUGAUUGAAUCAUGUAACUGAAACCGAUUUAAUUAAUUAUGCAGAGCAAAUGACAGCGCGCCAUUGUACUCUGUGUGGAAUAGACUUGUCGUUAUUAUUAUGAAGUUGUUCAAAUAAUACAAAAUGUUACAGGCAUGACGUCUGUGUUAUGUGGCCUUGCCCACUGUGAGCGUAGGUAAUUGCAUUUAAUAAAAUAAAAAAGGAGGUUGCUAUAUUGUUUGAAUUAACAUAAUCGUCGACAUGAUCUUUGUAAGACCAGUUACAUGGCAUCCCGUGAACAAAUGGACAAUAGGCUACCUUUUUAAUCUAAGAAUAAAACGUGUUACAAUAUGUGCAACUGUACCACUCACUGUGGUUCUACUGCUUCACCCUCUUUCUGGUUAUUCUUCUUGUUUAAAGAAAGAAAGAAAGAAAGAAAGAAAGAAAGAAAGAAAACCCUGUCACCCAUAACCCUUAAUGAAAACACAUACACAUUUCCCCUUUUCUACUGCAUCUAAACUGUAUUUCUGACUAUACACCUUUUUUGUAAACUAUAUAUUUCUCAAGCUGUGGAUGGUGAUUCGGUCCCACUAUGAUGUUACCUUAAUUAUAA